AUGUUGUGGUUUGGGCACAAUAGUGAUAACUUUACAUAUCCUUUUGUUCUUAAGGCUUGUGGUGAUUUGAUUGAUGUUGAAAUUGGGAGAGGAGUUCGUUUUGAGGUUGUGUGUGGAGAUAUGGUGUUGGCAUGUGCGGUGUUUGAUAGAGUGCCUGUGAGAGAUUUAACUUCUUGGAAUACUGUGAUUUCGGGUUAUGUGAAGAAUGGUGAAGCGGAAGAGGAUUUGAGGGUUUUUUAUAUAAUGAGGGAAGAUGGAGUGUUUCCUGAUGGGAAUACUUUGCUUGGUGUACUUUCAGCUUGUGCUCAGUUAGUGGCAGUGCAGCUAGCGAAAGAAGUUCUUGGUUAUGUUGUUCGAAAAAGCUAUGAACUUUCUAAUGAAUUUUUGAAUAAUUCUCUCAUUGAAAUGUAUUGUAACUGUAAUUCUAUGGACAAUGCUAGAAGGUUGUUUGAGAAAAUGGCAUGGAAGGAUACUGUGUCGUGGAAUUCUAUGUUCGCUGGUUAUGUAGAGAAAGAAGAUGCUUCGGAGAGCUUAACGAUUUUUUGUCACAGCCUUGCGAUUUGGGCCACAAGAGGAGGCAUACGACCUUUUAUCAUGAACACGGAAGUCACUCUCAUCGCUGAUUUAUGGGCUGCACUCCUGAGUGCUUGUCAACUACAUCAGAAUGUACAGCAAGCUGAGAUUUCUGCACAAAAACUUUUUCGUACGAAUUUAAAACAUGUGGUUAGCUACGUUGGCCGAUACACAUGGAUGCUUCUGAGAAAAGAUGAGAUGAUGCAGAAAGGGAUACCUGGAGGCUCCACCGUUUUAGAGACGGAUUUUGUUACUGCAGCAAUUAUUGGUGAGUGA